AUGGAUACAUCUAUUGCCGUGACUUCAACUGAAUUCUGGAAAAUUGUUGUUAGUGAACAACAAGAAAAGGAUGACGACUUCAAUAUAUAUGAUUAUACGCAAAAUUUUACUACUGACCAAGUAUUUCAUAGUCGAGAUUCAUUAUCUAAUUGGAAGAUUAUAUCAUUGGGUUUUGUGAAUAACAAUCACUUUGUUCAGGUUAACUUGAAGCCUAAUUGUCCAAUUCCACCCGUGGCGUAUAAUUGGUACAAAUAUAGAGAUGACAUUGCAAGUGGAUGGGAGAGUUUGUAUAAAUUAAGAAUUGAAACAUUCAAAGAGAUGAUUGGUACCGAUGUAGCUACGCAUGAAAUUUUUGACCUAAACUCUCCGUAG